CAAUACAAAUGAAAACAUUUAUGAUCAGUAUAUUAAAAAGGCACAAAUAAAGGUUUAUAAAUACAUGUAAUGUUCUUUCUCUUUUUGUCCAUUAGGAUAUCGACAAGAUUCAGACUUUCUCAGAGAAAGAGACACUGUCACACCCACAGGCCUAAAAUCACAAGUUAAGGGAAGAAGAAGAAGGAGCAGGGCCCUUUAAUUGGAUGAACAUAAAUGGAGUAUGAAAGAAUCGACAAGACAAAUCUACAGCUGUCUCCUAGGAAGCUGAGGUCUAUGCUGUUGGGAGCAGAAAAGAAGAGAAAACAAGAAGGAAGGGAUGACGUAGUAGAAGAUCAAGAGCUUGAAUAUGCUACUGUGUCCUUGAGAUCCCAUUUGCCUGAGAUCCAUGACUCUGGUUGUAAUUUGGAGAAUUGCAAAGAUGUAACUGUUGUUCCUGAGAAUUCUACUUCCUUAGCAGUUGAUUCCUCAAUGUCAUUGGAGAUGAUUAAUGACAUGAGAAUCAAAGAUCAAUCUUUGGUUAAUACAAGAAUUAGGUCUCAAGAUGACAGUAUUUUGGACUGUGAUAGUGUAAACGAUAGUCUUGGUACUUUAUCUCCGCUCUUUGAAUUUCAAAAGGCUGAGCGGGCUGCACAGAGAGUGCCCCUAGCUCAUUUCUCAAAACCUGCCCCUUCCAAAUGGGAUGAUGCACAAAAAUGGAUAGCAAGCCCAACAUCUAAUAGGCCGAAGACUGGGCAGAGCAGUCAAGUUGUUGGAUCUCGCAAGACUAGUCAUUCUGGAUAUGGCUAUCGGCAACAAUCUACAAAAGUUGUAGUUGAGGUUCCUGAUCAAAGAUUGGUUCCUUAUGAGGAUCCUGUUGACACAAAACAGAUAGACUCAGGCCAACCAAAGGACAGUGGAGUUCAGAAGUUCGUGAGUUGGGAAGCUGAGCCGCACCCAAUUGCUGAAUCAUAUGUUAAGCCAGUGCUCAUGAUUGAAAAAUCCAUCGGACAAUCAGCAAUAAAUCUGAGCCGUCAUGAUUCGUCUGUUUCUAUACAUAGUGCAACUGUUAUCCCCCCACCAUCGACUGCAAGGUCAGUCUCGAUGCGAGAUAUGGGCACGGAAAUGACUCCAAUUGCAAGCCAGGAACCUUCCAGGACAGGGACACCUGUGAGAGCAACAACACCAACUCGCAGCCCAACUUCUUCUCGGCCAUCAACUCCAGGAGCUGCACCAGCUUCCUCUCCUUUUCGUCCUUCAAAUGCUAAUUUGGAUGCUUGCACAAAUGAGUUGUCUGACCAGGAAUUACAGAUGAAAACUCGAAGAGAAAUCAUGGCACUUGGAACUAAACUUGGUAAAAUGAAUAUAGCUGCCUGGGCUAGCAAAGAUGGUGAGGAUAGAAAUGCAUCCAGCUUGCUAAAAACUGAUAAGCAAGGCCAACAAAAUACAACUGUCACUGAGUCACGUGCAGCUGCUUGGGAGGAUGCAGAGAAAGCGAAGUACUUGGCCAGGUUUAAACGAGAAGAAAUCAAGAUACAAGCAUGGGAAAAUCAUCAAGAAGCAAAGACAGAAGCUGAGAUGAGGAAAAUUGAGGUGGAGGUGGAAAAGAUGAAGGCACGAGCACAAGACAAGCUAAUGAACAAGCUAACUGCUGUGAGGUACAAAGCUGAAGAGAAACUGGCAGCAGCAGAAGCCAGGAGAAACAAACAUGCUGUAAAAAUAGAGAAGCAAGCAGAAUACAUUCGUAAAACUGGCCGUUUACCACGCUCAUUCUCCUGCUGCCGCUGGUGCUUCUGAAGAGCUACAAAUCACUAUAAAAUGUUCUGUAUAUUUUUGCUUUUUGACUAAGCUAGUAUUGUGAAGUUGGACACUGGCAUUGUGUAUGCUUGAAGCUCUUGUACAAACUCAACUGGUUGGCCACUUUAAAUGUAAUUGUUGAUCAAUGGAAGUUGAAGUUCAGGCAUUCUACUAUGACCAAUUGUGAUUUGAUUAAUGAAGGGUUCCUCCAAGCUUAUUAAUUCGAAGUUCUUGUCCAUG